AUGGAGUACGGGAAGGGCGAGCUCCCUCCUUACAGUGCCGUAGCUGUACCGGAUUGGCGUAGGCGCAGGUCUGUACGGCGUUCUCGGGCUAUUAAGUUCUUCGCUCUGACAUGCCUUGCAUUUAUUGUCUACGCACAAUGGUGGCAAAUGGAUACUCGUCCAAAGGGCCGUCCAGUAUCUCAACUAUCUAUUGAUAAGUUGAGUGAGAACUUACGGACUUGUGCUAAGCUACGCUCUAAGCCACAAGAUCCCAUUGGCCUAGGCCGGGAGCGGAAUGCGCGUUAUGUUGACGGGCACAAGCCUACUCUUAUCAAGAACGCCACUAUUUGGAUUGGCGAGCCUACCGACGGGACUAGCGACAAGGAUGCACGCGCUGGCAAGGGUUUUUCGUGGAUAAAUGCCGAUGUUCUAUUGGAAUACGGGCUCAUUAAGGAAGUCCAGAAGGAUAUUGAUACUCGCUUACUCCCGUCGGAUACCUUGAUAUGGGAUGCUAAAGGUCGUCAACUCACGAGUGGUAUCAUCGACAUGCACAGCCAUGCUGGCGUCGACAGUCUACCAGAGUUAGUUGGGAACGACGAUACAAACGAGAUGGGUUCUAAUAUAACUCCAUACAUCCGUUCUAUUGACGGUAUAAAUGUAUUCGAUCACCAGAUCCAGGUUAUAAAAUCUGGAGGAGUAACGACAAGUUUAGUGUUACCGGGCUCUAGUAACAACAUUGGUGGCGAAGCCUUCGUUAUUAAACAUGCUGUUGGUAUACCUGACGGUCGCAAUGAAACUUCGAUAAACGACUUAUUGGCCGAUCCGGAUCGUUCUUGGAGAUAUAUCAAGAUGGCUUGUGGAGAGAAUUCUAAGCGAACCUAUGGCAAAGCUGGCGAACAUGGACCUACUAGCCGACUUGGCGAGUCUUGGGAAUUCAGACAUGCUUUUGAGCAGGCUGCAAAACAAGUGCAAGCUCAAAACGACUGGUGCACCCUGGCCGAGUCUAUCGGUGUUGAACAGAUGGACAGCUAUCUGCCUCAAGACUUGGAAUGGGAGACGCUAGCUGCGGUGCUACGUGGACACGUUCAUGUUAAUACUCAUUGCUACACGAUCCCAGACCUGGAAGCAUUCGUAGACCACACCAACGAGUUCAAGUUUCCGAUUCGAGCGUUUCAUCAUGCUCACCAGACGUUCCUCGUCCCUGAAAUCCUCAAACGAGCAUAUGGUGAUACCCCACCUGCAUCGGCCUUGUUUGCCGAUAACAUGUGGUAUAAGGCCGAAGCCUAUAUUGGGUCUGAAUAUGCUGGCAAGGUGCUAUACGACAAUGGACUAACCCCUAUUUAUGUAAGCGACAAUCCAGUUCUAAAUGCCCAGCAUGUCGUCUUUGAAGCCGCAAAGGCAUUCGGAUAUGGAUUACCUUACCAUGCUGCCUUGGCUUCAGUUACAACAGCCCCCGCUGAGCGACUAGGUCUUGGACAGCGAAUAGGUAAGGUUAAGCCUGGAUUUGAUGCCGAUGUUGUUGUAUGGGAUAGCGACCCAUUGAGCGUUGGGGCCGCGCCGGUCCAAGUCUGGAUAGACGGGACAGCACAAUUUGAGGAUCCUGUCGAGUUGAAGAAGCCGUUUACUGCCCCUCGUAAUUUUACGUCGGAGGCUCCUAUUACCGAAGAAACAGUUGUUGUGGGUGACGUAGUCCUUACGGGGAUUUCGAAAUCAUUUUUACCAUCCCAACAACAUAAUUCCCAUGAUGAAGAUUUUACUGUCGUAAUUUCGCGCGGUAAAAUUACUUGUGUAGGAACCUGCGAAACCGAGCUUGAGAUGGCUUCCAAAUCAGGAGUCAAAGUCAUCUAUCUCGAAAAUGGCCAUCUAACCAAACCGUUCACGGUAUUUGGCUCUCUUCUCGGACUCAAUGGUAUUGACGCCGAGCAGGAUACCGAAAAUGGAGGUAGUCCGGAAAUAUUCAGUCGAGGUAUCGACGGGUUAGCACUUGAGACAAAGAAAUUACAUUACGCAUAUAAAUAUGGUGUAACCAGAGCCAUCUCGGCACCCAAAUACUCGGGACAAGCAACUCACCAAGGCACCAGCGUGGGAUUCCGUACUGCUGCAAAGCACGCCCUUGAUGAAGGUGCCAUAUUUGCCGAUGACGCAGCGGUACACUAUACGCUAGAUCUGAGUGCGAAGCGUGGUAGCACUUCAAUCUCGAAUGCUGUCAAUACAUUACGCCACAAGCUAAUCGAGGCUUCUACUUCUAAUACUACCAACGCAGACCCUUACACCGAAGCUGCGUUUUUAAGUAAAGUGAUCGAUGGCUCUCUGCCAUUGGCUAUCACGGUUCAUAGUGCCGAUGUCAUCGCUACGCUUUUAAAGGUAAAAGAGUCUGUUGAUAAUGUUAUUGCUUCUUCUAGAGGUGGUGGCGGCAUCUCUCUCAUUAUCAUCGGUGGCGCCGAGUCUUUCCUCCUAGCGGAUGAAUUGGCAGCAGCAAAGGUGGGCGUCGUUCUCAACCCUCUACUCUCAUACCGUACCUCGUGGGACCAACGACGGGCGCUGACCGGAGCGCCUCUAACAAACGGCACCGCGGUAGAUAAGCUUGUUGAGGCCGGAGUUCGUGUAGCCAUCGGUAUUGAUGAAGACUGGUUAGUGCGCGACGUAGGGCUGCUUGCCGGGAUCGCAUAUAAAAAUAGCCAGGGUAGACUCAGUGAGAAAGAUGCUCUAGAUCUAGUCUCGGAUAAUGUGUACGAGCUGUUGGGAUUAAAGGAGGGCAAUGACGCAAGGGAGUUCAUUGUGUUUGAGGGUAACCCUUUAGAGAUUGGGGCAAGGGUUCGGGUAGUAGGAGGUGACGUAGGAGAUGACGUUACGCUGUUUAUAUAG